AUGGCCCGCACCGCCGAAGGUACUCAUACUUUCCUUAACAGCCCGCCCGGCGAAUGGUUCCCCUAUCUUCGGGCGCUUUACCGAAACACGUUGGAUCUGAAGAAGACGCUCUACCUGCACCACACACAGCACAAAGAUGAGACCGUUCGUGUCCCCAUCUUAGGUCCAGGCCAAGACAAGUUGAUCCUGCUGCCCUCUUCCCAAAGAAAAUGGCUUGUCGAUCAGCCCGACUCUGUCGUGAGCAUGCACGAUCAGACCACCAACCAUUUUCAGUGGAACUUGGGCACCGUCUAUCCCACACGAGACCACAACAAUGUUCCCAUCCACAUCAUACAAACCAAGCUCACGCGUGAGAUCGGUAACCUGAUCCCGGACCUUGCGGAGGAGCUGGAUCUCGCACUGAAGAAACGCUGGGGUGUUAGCACCGAGUGGAAGGAGGUGGGAGUCUACGACACGCUGAGGCUCAUCAUUGGCCAGGCAAUCAAUCGGAUCUUCAUUGGGGAAUCAUACUGCCGGAAUGAAGAAGUGCUUCACACCGGCUUUAGGUAUGCGCAGGUUAUACCGCUGGGAGCGAAUAUGCUCUGGCUGAUUCCAAACCCGCUGCGGCGUCUGCUGGCACCUUUGGUGACCCUGCCAUCCCGCUACUACGAGAAAAAGUGGUUCAAGCUCACCAUGGGCGAGGUCCACAGAAGAUUGGACGCCAGAGGCAAGGGAGACGCAGGCAGAAACGACUUUUUGAGCUGGCUCAUUACCUACGGAGAAACCCAUGGUGACCCUUACCUCUUGGAUCCAGAAGUCCUUUCAGCGCGGAUCUUGCUCCUUAACGCCUUCGCACUGCACACCAAUGUUUUUGCAAUCAUGCACAUGGUCCUUGACAUCGUCGGCUCCGGCGCCGAGCAAGGUUCCAAGUACGUUGCCGAGCUUCGCCAAGAGAUCAGCGACGUUCGCGCGGCCCACAGCGAGGACGAGGGAUGGAACAAGCGAUCACUGGCCAAACUCGAGAAGAUGGACAGCUGCUUCCGGGAGAGCCAGCGCAUAAACACCAUAUUGAGCUUGGGCCCCUUGCGUAUCGUCGGGAAGGACGGCGCUACGACGCCUUCCGGCAUCUACGUGCCGCCGGGCUAUCAAGUUGGCAUCCCAGCGUACUCGAUCCACUACGAUACAGACAUCUACGGAUCUGACGCAGAGGCUUUCAACCCGUUCCGUUUCUACAACAGAAGGAAGGACGCACAGAAUUCUGGCGAUAACUUGAAGGGGGCGAGGCAGGCGUGGGCGACCACAUCCUCCGACUACCUGUCCUUUGGGGCUGGCUUGAACAGCUGUCCUGGACGAUUCUUUGCUGCUGGAAUGUUGAAGGUGUUGAUGGCGGAGAUCCUGGAGAAAUACGAGUUUGAGUUCCAAGAGAAAAGACAAGAGAAUAUGUGGUUUGGAACGAAUCACGUUCCGCCAAUGAACGCCAAGAUGAGAAUCAGGAGGAGACAUCAAGAGGUGUAA